AACUUACAGAGAGUGAAGUCAGUCACAAAGAGUAUCCUAUACUCUUAGGUCAGUCAUUAAAAGUUGUUAUCUUAGAAUAGAGUUUAAAUUGAAUAUUUGUGGUACCGGUUUGAUAUAUAAUUGUAAUCAGUAAUAAUAAUUAAAUAUUUAUUCCAGUUAUUUAUUUAUUAAAGUUAAACUUUACUAUAGUUCGACAUGUAUGUUUAAUAUUUUUAAAUAUAUAAUCAUACAUAUUUGAUUGAAUCAAAUAGAAUAAAAAAAAUUUUUGUGUAAAAAAAGUGCUGAUAAACCUGGGGAUUGUUUAUAGGCGCCAAAAGUGACCUCAUCGAAGUGAGUCGAAGGACGUCAAGCUUCUAAAGACAGUGAAAAGCAAAACAAGAACAAGAUCAUUUUAAGGGGUCGAGGGACAUAAAGUCGCGAAGAAGCGGCAGUUUAUCGGCCCCAAGUUUUUGAAUAUGGCGUGUGAACGAUAUUGCUUGUUAACCUGCGGGUAUUUCAUUGGAUUUACGGUGGCUCUCGUUUUGGGAUCUUUACAAGUUAUUGCAGAGCCAGAACUUUCUUAUUACAAUUACAAAACUUUAUCAGAGCUCAACACCGAUGAAAUUCUAAUUCAUACACCAGAAUUAGAUAAAGCGUCGAACUUUAAACGAUUACGAAGAUCAUUAUCAGGACCGGAGCCAUCAUCACUAACAGCUUCAGCAACUGUUCCAUUAUCAUCAAGAAGAUCGCAAGAUCCAAUUCAAGAAUCUCCACUUAUAAAAACAAAUACAGGACCAACAGCGAACGUUACGUACUCAACAGAAAAUAUUACAAAUUCAACAGAUGAGUCAACAGUAAUAAGUACAACAUUAAAACCGAAUAUCACAAAAAAUGGAAAAAAUUCAUCUAUUAUUGUAUCUCAACCAAUUGUUCCUGUUACUGGACCAUCUCCUACUAAUAUUCAUGUCUGGGCUAACCAAACACGAUGGCCUAAUGCGACUCAAGACAAUGUUAAUUCAAAAAUGGAUAAUAAAUUCAAUAGAGUUGAUUUAAUGAAUACCACCGAAGCUUCUUCUAAUUCUUCAGAUUUAGAUGAUAUAUCUAUAUCAAAGUUUACUAAUGUUUCAAAUAAUACUUUAACUCAAAAUAAUACUAUGAAACAAGAGGACGACACUCAUCAGUAUUACAACAGUACGUUUAUCAUCGAUGAAUCUAUAGCCAAGAAUUAUUGGGUUGAUAUGGACAAUCAUCCUAAUCGCAAAGUUAAUGAUCUUUUAAGUCAAAGUCAUAGAAGAGCCGCAACUGUAGAAUUGAAUUUUGAUUUUCCAUUCUACGGACAUAAAGUUAGAAAUAUAACAAUAGCUACGGGUGGAUUUUUGUAUACAGGAGACUAUGUUCACAGCUGGCUUGCUGCCACUCAGUACAUUGCCCCGCUGAUGGCGAAUUUUGAUACCCGUCUUUCAAAUGAUAGUUAUGUCAAAUAUGCAGAUAACGGUACGGCAUUCACUGUCGAAUGGACAAAGGUCGUACUUCAAGAUAAACCAAAAGAUGGAGAAUUUACAUUCCAAGUGACUCUUUAUGAAAAUGGUAACAUUGUUUUUGUUUACAAAGAAAUGCCACUUUCGGUUGAAGAAAUCGAAGACAAGGCUCAUCCAGUUAAAGUUGGAUUAAGUGAUGCUUACAUCAUGGAUAGAACUCGUUUCUUUGUCCGUAAAAAAACUAUUUAUGAGUACCAUCGUGUCCAUUUUAAUCAUCAAAAUAUUACGAAUUGGACGGUGAUUUUUCUUCGUGCAUUACCAACUUGCCUACAAAUGGAAAAUUGCACAGAUUGUCUGACUAAAGUGCCGGAAUUCACUUGUAAAUGGUGUGCAGAAUUAAAUCAAUGUAGCACGGGUACAUUCCGACAGCGACAAGAUUGGUUGGAGAAAGGAUGUGAUCAGAAAAGUAUUACAGAGGAAAGCAGUUGUCCAGUAAGUCCUAAAACACUUACAGGACAUAAUGAUCAUCAUGACAAUGCCCACAUUAUUUCUGAUGGAGAAUUAUCAGCAGAUGUUCAACCAAAUCGUUUGGCCAAUGAACCAGCUAUUACCGAACACUCUCACAGUCAUGUAAAUAUGAGUCACAUGAGUUUUUCAGGAAUCAUUAGUAUUCUUCUGGUUAUUUCUUUAGUAUCAGGUUUAGCUGGCUGGGCUGUUUACGCUUAUCGCAACCCUCAUAGUGCAUCAGGACAAAUGCUAAUUCGAUAUCGUCCAAGUCAAUGGAGUUGGCGAAGAGGUGAAGCACGUUAUACAGCCGCGACUAUUCACAUGUGAUCGAAUAUAUUGAAAGUCAAUUCAAAUUAAAUUAAAGUAUCAAUCAAUUGAAAUUAAAGCUAUAAGAUCAAUGUUCUCUAGAUAUUAUGCUCUAUAGUAUUCACGAAUUUAAAAAUAACUCGUGAUGAAUAAUUGCUGCUAUUACUCGGUAAUUAACUUUUUUUUCCCGAGUAAUAUUUACAUUUUAAAAAAUAAUAGAAAUUUGUACAUUUUUAUAUUUUUAAAAAUACUGCAUUAAUAUGGAAUAAUUUAAAAACUCAUUGAAUAUAAUCAAUGGUUUAAAAAUAUUGAUGCAUAUUUUUAACAAUUUUUUAUUAUACUUACAUAAGAACAAAUAUUUACUUUUAUAUAUAACAAAGUAUUUUUGAAAGAAAUCAAUUUACACGACAACUUUUUUAAAAAUAUUUCAUAUUCUUUACAAAAUUUUAAAAGUUCAAUUUUUUCGAACAAUAUAGUCUUUAUAUCAAUUAAAUGGUAAAAAUUAUCAGCAUGAACAAAACAAGAGAAAUUAUAUCUUUAAAUCAUAAGUGCCUUAGCAAUAAGUUCACUAAAAAUUGCUGUAAAAAAAAAAUUUAUGAUGAAUGAAUGACUUAUUAUGCAAAAACACAAUCAUGUUAAUGUUAAAAAAUAUUUGUGAGGUGCCUUAGGUGGGGCUCAUCCUAUUUAGAUCUGUGAAAACAUAUUUUAUGGUUUUUAUUGCUCAUUUAACUCAGCACAUGAAAAAAAAAUCUAGCUCUGGGCAAGUUUUGGGAGUUUUUGAAUUCCAAAACACAGCACUAAUAAGCUGCUGAAAUCAGCGUGCAAAGCUUUGGCAUCUAGAGGCACUAUAACUAAUGUUUAAAUUAUCUCUCAUUUUUGAAGCUAUUAUAAUUUAUUUAAAAGUUAGAACUUUUCCAUUGGCUUUUUUUUUAGAUUAAUCUUUAUUAAAAAAGUGAAACUUUGACUGUGUGAAAUAGAUGAAUCUCAUUUUUAAACAGUUCAGUUUUCAUGUCCCCAUAACUAAUCCUAAAAUUAAAAUUUCGUUACAUAUAUUUAUAUACUUAUAAGUCACCUUGAUUAAAAGAAACAAUUUGUAAUGUUAAAUGCCCAUAAGAAAAGGGAUUCAAAAGUAUUCAAAGUAUUCAAAAGCAUUAAAAAGUAUUUAAAAUUUUUUUUUUCUAAUCGUUUUAAAUCGUUUCUUUUAAUAAGGGCAAUUAAACUGUUGAAAAAAAGAGAAGAAUAACAUCUUCAAACAAAAAAGAAUGAACUUAUAUCCCAUCAGCAUAAAUUUUUAGUCAAAAGUAAAAAUAAAAAGGAGAUAAACUGAAAAUCACGGAUAUUUUGUUGGAGCGUGUAAAAUAAAUUCCUUUGUUUUUAACUUUUCUAAAAGAUUUAUGUUUUAACGAACAAUAUCUUAGAACAAAAAAAAAUUGGUAUAAAAAUUAACACAUGAAACAA